AUGACGGAUACAAGAAGGAGAGUGAAAUUAUAUGCAUUAAAUGCGGAUAGACAGUGGGAUGAUAGAGGUACAGGACAUGUUUCUUCCUCCUAUGUUGAUCGUUUGAAGGGAAUAUCUUUGUUAGUGCGUGCAGAAAGUGAUGGUUCGUUGUUACUAGAAUCGAAAAUUCAACCAGAUACUGCUUACCAAAAGCAACAAGAUACAUUAAUAGUAUGGUCUGAAGGUGACAAUUUUGAUUUAGCUUUAAGUUUUCAAGAGAAGCUUGGUUGUGAUGAGAUCUGGGAGAAAAUAUGUCAAGUGCAAGGAAAGGACCCUUCUGUUGAAAUUACACAAGACAUUGUUGAAGAAUCAGAAGAUGAAAGGUUUGAUGAUAUGUCUGAUUCUGCCCCACCAAUUGAGUUACCUAGCUGUGAACUCAGUCGUUUAGAGGAUAUCAGUGAAUUAAUUAGCAACUGUUUAAGCUCUCCAAUGAGAAAAGAAAAGUUAGCAACUGCUAUUGAAAGUGAAGGGUAUAUAAGAAAACUUAUUAAUUUAUUUCAUAUGUGCGAAGAUCUAGAGAGUAUGGAAGGGUUACAUCAUCUAUAUGACAUAUUCAAAAACAUAUUUUUAUUAAACAAAAAUGUUUUAUUUGAUGUGAUGUUUAGUGAUGAACUAAUCUUUGAUGUGGUGGGUUGUUUAGAAUAUGAUCCUUCAUCUCCUACUCCAAAAAGACAUAGAGAAUAUCUUAAGCAACAAGCAACAUUCAGGGAAGCGAUUCCUAUAAAAAAUACAGAGCUGCUGUCAAAAAUCCAUCAAACAUUUAGGGUUCAAUAUAUUCAAGAUGUUGUGCUACCCACUCCUUCAGUUUUUGAAGAAAAUAUGCUUUCAACAUUGAGCAGUUUUAUAUUUUUUAAUAAAGUUGAAAUAGUGUCCUUAGUACAAGAAGAUGAGAAGUUUUUGACAGAACUUUUCUCCAUGUUAACAGAUAUACACACACCUAAUACCAAAAGAAGAGAUUUGGUUCUCUUUUUAAAAGAAUUCUGUAAUUAUUCACAAAACUUACAACCUCAGGCUAAAGAAACUUUCUACAAGACUUUAACUUCUCUUGGAAUUCUGCCAGCACUUGAAAUAACCCUCGCUAUAGAUGAUGUGAAGACCAAGACUGCUUCCAUUGAUAUACUUACUUACAUUGUAGAAUUUUCACCAUCUGUAGUUAGGGAGUAUACACUACAACAGGCUAGUAAUACUGAUGAGGAUCAAAUGCUUCUCAAUAUUAUUAUUGAACAAAUGAUAUGUGAUAAUGAUCCAGAAUUAGGAGGUGCUGUUCAACUGAUGGGUGUGUUAAGAAUUCUUCUGGACCCAGAAAAUAUGCUAGCUUCUGUCAACAAAUCUGAGAAGACAGACUUUCUCAAUUUUUUCUACAAGCACAGUGUUCACAUCUUAAUAGCUCCACUUUUAGAAAAUACCAUCCAAGACAAACCUCAAAAGGAAGAUUACAGAAGUGUUCAACUAUUAGGUCUAAUUUUAGAACUUCUUUCAUUCUGUGUUGAACAUCACACCUACCACAUAAAAAACUGUAUACUAAACAAAGAUCUACUUCGUCGUAUACUAGUUCUAAUGAAAUCAAGACACAAGUUUCUUGUACUGUGUGCUUUAAGAUUUAUGCGUAAGUUAAUAGCGCUUAAGGAUGAAUUUUAUAAUCGUUACAUCAUAAAAGGCAAUCUCUUUGCACCAGUAGUUGAUGCUUUUGUUAGAAAUAAUGGCCGAUACAACCUACUGGACUCUGCUAUUAUCGAAAUGUUUGAGUUUAUCAAGGUAGAGGAUAUUAAGACGCUGUGCUCGCAUGUGGUGGAAAAUUAUGCGAAAUGUCUAGAUGACAUUUGCUAUGUACAGACUUUUAAAUCUCUAAAGUUGCGCUACGAUCAACACCAAGACAAACUGAAAGAUAGGGACCGAAAUAGUUUAGAUGGUGUACCCUCCAUAUUGCGAAAUACUCGUUACCGCAGGGACCAAAGACAAAUGGACGAAGAAGAAGAGAUGUGGUUCAAUGAUGACGAUGAUUUCGAAGAUAGUGAGACAGUUCUUCCAGCCUCCAACGAUAAGUUAGCCAAGAAAAUAGAUUCUGAUUUAGAUAGUAUUGGAAAAAUAAUAGAAAAGAAACCACAAACAGAGGUGAAUGGUCCGAAGAUGAAUCAUAAUUCGUCGCCGAAGGCAACUGUCCAUAAUAACAACACGAGUCCCCCAGGACAAACAACGGCAAGUCCUAUAGCUACAAGUGACACCAAGACACAAUUGAUCAAAAGGGGUUUAGUAGAUUAUGAAGGCGGUGAUUCGGACGAAGAAGAUGAGGAGGGUGAGGUGACGAAAAGGCCGAGACUUUCAUAG